UUCCGGUCUUUGUGAGUCAUUGUGUCUGUGGCGAGGCGUUUGGGAGGGCCUAGGUUGGUGUGCGGUGCCCUUCGGCCGGGUUGAGCCCGGGAGUCAGCCGUGCUUGGUUGCUCGGUGUCCCCAGGCCACUCCGGAGACUCACGGAAUAGUGCAGCAACCAAUAGAAAACAGUUGCUGGGACAAAAGCGCCAGCCUGACCCUGUUGGACCCCACCAGUUCCCCAAGCCUGAAUGAUGACUGCUGAGUCAAGGGAAGCCACGGGUCUGUCCCCACAGGCUGCACAGGAGAAGGAUGGUAUAGUCAUCGUGAAGGUGGAAGAAGAAGAUGAGGAAGACCACAUGUGGGGGCAGGACUCCAGCCUGCAGGAGACGCCACCGCCCGACCCAGAGGUAUUCCGCCAGCGGUUCAGGCGCUUUUGUUACCAGAACACUUUUGGGCCUCGAGAAGCUCUGAAUCGACUAAAGGAACUUUGUCAUCAAUGGCUUCGACCCGAAGUCAACACCAAGGAACAGAUCCUGGAACUGUUGGUGCUGGAGCAGUUCCUGUCCAUCCUGCCCAAAGAGCUGCAAGUCUGGCUGCAGGAGUACCGGCCGGACAGCGGAGAGGAAGCCGUGACUCUUCUGGAAGACUUGGAGCUUGAUCUGUCAGGACAGCAGGUCCCAGGUCAAGUUCAUGGGCCUGAGAUGCUUGCCAGGGGCGUGGUGCCUCUGGAUCCAGUUCAGGAGUCCUCAAGCUUUGACCAUCACGAAACUACCCGCUCUCAUUUCAAGCAUUCAUCUCGGAAGCCUCGCCUCUUGCCGUCCAGAGCUCUCCCUGCCACCCAUGUUGCUGCCCCUCAUCAUGAGGGGAAUCCCAGAGACCAGGCGAUGGCAUCUGCACUAUUGACCGCAGAUUCCCAGGCAAUGGUGAAGAUCGAGGAUAUGGCCGUGUCCCUCAUCCUGGAGGAGUGGGGAUGUCAGAACCUGGCUCGGAGGAAUCUCAAUAGGGACAGCAGGCAGGAGAAUUUGGGGAAUGUGUUUUCCCAGGGUUCUGAAAACAGGAAUGGGAAUGAGUCAACCUCAAAAGCUGACGUCAAAGAAGAUUCCACCUUACGUGGGGAGACAGCAGGAAGAUUCCAGAAAGAAUUUGGAGAGAAACGUGAACAGCAGAGCAGGGUAGUUGAAAGGCAGCAGAGAAACCCUGAAGAAAAAACUGGCAAAGAGAAGAAAGAGCCUGGGCCACCUACAGCCAAGGAAAAGAAGCCUGCUACAGGAGAGAGGGGCCCAAGGGAGAAGGGCAAAGGUCUGGGAAGAAGCUUCAGCCUGAGUGCAAACUUUAAUAACACCCCCGAAGAGCUUCCAUCGGGAGCAAAGACUCAUAGGUGUGAUGAGUGUGGGAAAUGCUUCACAAGAAGCUCCAGCCUUAUCCGCCAUAAAAUCAUCCACACUGGAGAGAAGCCCUACGAAUGUAAUGAGUGUGGGAAAGCCUUCAGUCUCAAUUCAAACCUUGUCCUACAUCAGCGAAUCCACACAGGAGAGAAACCUCAUGAAUGUAACGAGUGUGGCAAAGCCUUCAGUCAUAGCUCAAAUCUCAUCCUGCACCAGCGCAUCCACUCUGGAGAGAAACCCUACGAAUGUAAUGAGUGUGGCAAAGCCUUCAGCCAGAGCUCAGACCUCACAAAGCACCAGAGAAUCCACACGGGGGAGAAGCCCUAUGAAUGUAGUGAAUGUGGAAAAGCUUUCAACCGAAACUCAUACCUUAUUUUGCACCGGAGAAUUCACACUCGAGAAAAACCCUACAAGUGCACUAAGUGUGGUAAGGCCUUCACCCGGAGCUCAACCCUCACGCUGCACCAUAGAAUCCAUGCCAGAGAGAGAGCCUCAGAAUACAGCCCAGCCUCUCUGGAUGCCUUUGGAGCAUUCCUGAAAAGUUGUGUGUAAAGCAAUAGCAUGUCAUCAAACCACUUCCCCCCUUUGUUUCUAAAAUUAUGUCAGACAUAUAUGCCCAUUGAGGGAAAUGUAAUAACAUCAUCAAAUUGUUUGAGAAGUCACACGUAAGGAUCCUUAAGAGUUACAUCGACAGUGUUCUGCCUUCAGGUGGUCUAUAGGCAUGUAAUUCUUAGAGUCCUUGCAAGGGAGAGCUGGUCCUAUGAUAUCCUUCAGGAUAUUUCCACUCGCGAUAAGCACACACAGUGAAAUGCCAAGCUUUCCAGUAAUGGGUAUACCAAUCAAGACUAGCUCUGUGAGUAUUCCACUGAAGUUAAGAAGCCACGUGCUGCCAACAAGGCCUACUUGGACAACCUGUAUUUCUUAAUGAAGAGAGACAGUUAAUACAAAAACUACAUUGGGACAUGCUGCUCGAGCAAGUUAUAUAUCCAGAAAGUUGUCUAUCUGAUCACUGGUAGCCUGCCAAAGCUAUAGAAAUCUAGGACUUUGUUGAUCAGAAUCAAACCAAAGAUUUCUAUCUCUCUGAAAGAGAGGGUAUAUGCACCAGUUUGUAGUUCUAUGGACUGUAACAAAUGUGGGUGACUCUGCCAUCAUUGGUGAGGUCAGUCCUACUGAAAUAGCAACAAUUGAAGAUGCUUCUCUCCCUCUUCAAUGUUCCUAAAGCACUCUAGCACUCCUAAAUGCACUCUCUACAAGUUGGCACUUGAUUAUAUACUGUCUUUUAAUCCUUCAUCGUUCAGUAUACGGAAGCUUUUAUUACCCCUCCCCCCAAAAAAAAGAAAAGAUGCUUCAUUUGUCAAGAAAUACAGUUAUGUCCUGACAGCACAGCACUGGAUGUAUAUUAAACACACACAGGGCACUCCUUAUGACGGACUUCCAACAGGACUAUCGUAUUUGUGAUAGAGCCUGUGAAUCGUGAGUACCUGAAGUACGGUACCUCCAGAGCUCUAGGCCAUGCUCUAACUUAUUCUAGGGACAAUGUAAUUUUUGUCCUAAGUAUAAGCAAAAGCCUGUUUAGCUGCCUGCAGAGACUCUGUAAACAUGGAUCAGUAAGUAAAUAUCACAGAAUGUCAAAAAAUGACUUUGGUCAUCCACUUACAGAAGAAAAAUAUGAACACUAACUAUAAAGUUUUUGUUUGUUUGUGUGACAUCAUUCCACGCAAAGCUCUUAUUAUUGGCCAGAAUUCUUUUCGGUCAGCUGCUACUGAGUAGUUGUCUUUUGAGCAUUUGCUAAGGCAUUCAAAAUUUAGCUAAAGCUCUUCAAAAGAUGUGAUGGGUUUUUGUUGUCAGUGUCCCUUUAUUUGUUUUUGUUUUUAGUUCUCAGAAAAAGGGAAAGCUAAAGGGAGCAUUUUUCCACAUUUGAGCAGAGACUUGUAGAAGCAUCUGUCAUCAUUAGCUGGCAGUAGCUGAAGAUGUCCUCUUGCUCUGGGACUUCCACCACCACACUGUGGUAUGGUUGGUUGUGUCAUUGUGUUUAAUAGCACACGGCGUCUUUUUUAAUCUCUCCUGAAAGACUGAAGUAAGUUUGGGGGACUUUAGUCUUUCCUGAUACCUCUGCAGGUGGCUUCCCAGAGCUCUUGAUGGAGACUUAACAGAUACAGAGACCCAAGUCUGGACUACAUAGGUGUCAGGGGCUUGAACAGACCACUCUGUUAAUGAGAGCAUGAAAGUGUGGAGAGCCCUGCAGAGCCCUAGAAACAUAAGCUAAAGAUAAACUUGAAGACUAUUGACAUGAACACCCCAUGAACGGUUUGAGAUUUCCCCUCAAGAAACAACGAAAAUCAUCUUGCAUUAACCAGCAUCGAAAGUCCAUGAGACACAAUAGCAGGUCUCUUCAGGUUGGUGCCUGUGUGGCCUCAGUUUCAGGUCAAACUAGAAUCCUACAAGCAAUCAUGAUCUGGUCCCUCUUUGACUUUCUUAGACCAGUCACACGUGAGUGACAGUGUCUAAGCUGUUUGCUCAGAGCUGCCUGUGAGUGUUUCUGUCCACCUAACCGAAAAGCAGCAGAGAUGCUCCAAAGGCUACACCGGUUCACCUGGAGUGAGGUGGAGCUGGAGAUGCUUGAAGGCUCUUACAAAAGGAAUGAAUCACAUGCACUUGUGAGAACUCUGACUUACAAAAAAGCAAUUGAAAUAAGGUUCAGGACCCUGGGAGCCCAUCCAGACACUGGUCAUCUCUCUGUUGGCUGCUUAUACACAGAUGUACACAACUACAUGCUGACAUACUUCAGCCGUCACUCCAGGGCUUUGUUUUUAAAUGAAAUUAAGACAGGUCUGUGCCCCCCACCCCACCCCUCAUUUGAUUCCCGUUUUAUUGGGACAUGUUGCUAUUAGAUAGUCACUGGAGUGGCUUCAGACCUUCCACAGAUGCACUCCUGGAGGCAGCCAUCUGAAGAUGUGUUUUACUUACAAAGCAGGUUAUAGGUGGUUAUCAAAACGUCUUAGAUGCUCGGCACAGUAUCACUGCAUCAUGGUCCAAAAGGCUGACAUCUGUAGUGCUCAGGAUGGCUGCUACCAGUUAAGUGCUUACUAGUUAAUCAUUAGCAUGCUAAUGUUGACCUGAGGGGACCUUUUUGAAGACUUUUUACCUGAAAUUUAACCUUAUGACAAAAGUCAAAUUCUUCAAGUUGUGGACUUUCUACUUCAGCCUGGCAGGCAAGGCUAAGCAUAGAUGUGUGAGACAACUUGAUAUGUAAAGCACUUGAUAUUAAAGGCAUAAACAUGAGACUGCAAACUGUGUGUAGAGAGACUGACAUGUUUAAUAUGGGGACAGUCCACACCUUACAUACAUCAGAAAACUGAUUCCAGAAUGGGACCUAGUCUCAGUGUGAUGUCUGGCAAAGCUUACACUGUAAAUAAACUCUUAAUGUCUGUGAGGCCAACUUCAUAGUACUCAUUGCUUUGGACGUGAAAUUCCCUUGGUCUGUUCCAGUCAUGCAGUAAGUUCCAGUAACUGCCAAGAGAGCUCAGUCUUAACUCCAGAGGAUCCACAGGAGGAAACAAGUGUGGGGAAAUGCUAAAAAACUAGUAAAAAUGUACAACUUCUUACAGAAAUUGUUAACUUGGGUACCUCGAUAUAUUUUGUAAGGCCAUAAUGUCAGUGUGUUUUUGUACCUCACCCAUCCUGUCUUUUUUUUUUUUUUUUUUUUUUGAGACAGGGUUUCCCUGUGUAGCUUUGGAGCCUGUCCUGGAGCUCACUCUGUAGCCCAGGCUGACCUGUCAUUCUUUAUAGUCCUUGUAAACCUGUUCGAAUCUGUUGAACAGAACGAAUCACCGAAGAGAAAAGUGAAGUUUUGGAAUAAUUAAGAAGCUGAUGUGGUUAUAAACAUAAUUAGUUCACAGAAUUAGGUGUGGGGAGAAAAAUUCUUCAGGCUGGUGCUUGUUGAGUUUGUGAGAAGAGGUCAGUAGGACAUGGAAGUGGAGCAGCUUCUGUAAAUGCCCCUUCCAAGCUGCCUGGUCUAUACCAAUCAGAGGGGAUAGGUGGCUUCUGGCUUGACAGUGGGCAGAGGGCCUUCUCCAUUGUUAAUAUAUUUGAGGGGACAUGCACUCAGCAGAGGAUAGGAAGUAUACAGAACAGCUAGGCUGUUUUCCAGGAAACACGCUGGGUCUUGGUGGAGAGGUGGGGGCUAUCUCAGAGUUUGAGAAGCAUUGGGAGAUUUGCUUUGACUCUACUGCAAGGCCUAUCCUUGCUCCUAUUCUCUGGCACAUUUAUGCUUAGGAGACUGAAAAUUCAUAGCUGUGAAUAUUUAUUGGUUUAAGUUUUUAAUCCUAGAAUUGUCAACUUUAUUUCCAAGAGGUAUGCUGAUCUGUUUAUCAAAAGGGAAUUUAAUCAGGUUCACCUUGCCGUCCUCGUGGAAGGCUGAUUUUGUCACUUGCAGUGACAAAGCUGGAACACUCGAUACAGCAAGCUUGCCAGGAGAGCCCUUUUCUGCGUCCACUCUCAGAAGUGUGCGCGAGAGGGCUGGGGUGUGGUUCCAUCCCCAGGACUUCAUCUCAAAGAUGGCGGCACUGUAAUCCUAGCACGUGGGAGGUAAAGGCAAGAGGAUCAGGAGUUUGAGACCAGCCUAAACUGCAGGAGAUCCUAUCAAAAAAUAUAAGUAUGUGUGUGUGUAUCUAUAAGGGAGCCAAGCGUAGUGGUGUCCCAGCACUCAGGAGGCUGAGACAGAUCACAAAUUCACAGCCAGCCUGUGUCCACAGAAGUAGGAAUAUGUUGGAAUUCCCUAUUAGAGAAGCAAAGGUCUGUGCAUUGAAUGAAAUACAGAACCAGAGAGGCAAACUUAAAUGGUAUAAAUAGGUCACUUCAUAGAAGUUAGGGUAGAUUUUUAUUUCAGCUACAACUAGAGACAAUGAGCAUUGUUGGAAAGUUUUUCUAACAUAGAUCUACGCUUUGCUCUUCGUAUGGAAAUACUACUGUACAUUUUAAAGCAGUUGCUUAUUUUGCUAUUCAGAUUUUGUAUUAUGUCUGAUAAUACUUGUUUUGCUUUUCAAAACUUUGUAAAACAAACUUGAAGUUAUAGGUAAGGUAAGCCAUCUCUAACACUGCAGGUCAAACAUAAGCUUGGGAAGUCCUUUUGCCAUCCCAUGAUAACUAACGUCUUCAUAUGAGAACUUCGUUUCCUGUUGUCUGGUUCUCUUUCCUAGUUGAUCCCACUGAUCCCAUGCUUUUCUCUAACAUUUUGAACAGCAGAAUGGAGAGAAUGAAGGUUAGCCAGCUCUGAACCGUGGUCCCAAAUGGAAAAAAAACAGGGAAUCAUGGUCUGCUGUGAUUUUGAGGUCUGGUUUUUUUUUGGGUUUUGUUGGUUGGUUGUUAUUGGAGGUUUCGACACGCCCCCUCCCAAAAAAACUGACUCAACUUCAAAUUACACGGCUCUUAGCCAAAUUAACUGGUCUUUAAAAUGGUUUCAGUUCACAAGCACUCGCUAAGUAAAUGUGGUCCAGUGUUCGAAGAUAGAAUGAGAUUUGUGAAAGGUUGGAAGAGGCUGGACCAAAACUUGUAUUUCAUUCCAGUUUGAGAUUGGGGUUAAAUCCUUUUGGUCCACAAAAGGGGGACCAGUCGCACUUAUCCUGUAGUCUCUGGACAAAAUUAGAUGUGUUACAAAAGAAUGGCCAAGAACAUUCCAAUAGCCUCAUGAUCUGCUAAGAAAAUACGGAGGGCAGAAAGACAUCUCUGGUGGGGGAUGGGGUGCUUGCUCACCACCUCCUCGUCGUAACUGGUAACAGCUUGAAGUUUCUAGUCUGCCCUAGCUGGAAUAGAGUGUGAGACUUAGGUAGACUUCCUUGGUGAGGGGUGUGGCUCAGUAAAGAGCAUUUACUUAAGAGGGUCCCCUGAGGGUGAGUGGCCCCAAGAUGUGGUGCAGCACUUGCAUGGAAUUCCCUAGUGAGAGGUGGGGCAUGGCUAAGCAGAGCACUUGCUUGAAUAUCCAAUAAUGGGCUACCAUAUGCAAGGCCCUGGAUGCAAUCUCCAGCAUUGUGCCUGCCCAAAAGAAAUGCUCCUGCUGGUAGUGAGGAUUACCAGUUUACUACAGCUCGUGGGGUGUGGGUGGGAGGAAGAUUGUGAUUAAACAGAAAAAUCUUGUCCUGAGAAUAUGAGUGUUAAAGGUUAGGGUGGUUAUGCAAGCAAAAACAAUUAUUUUGAGUGUAUUUUUAUAAACUUUUAGUUAAAGAUUGUUAUAACCAGGUCAACAUGCUAAGCAUAAAUCUAUAGUUAACUCAGGCACUGUCUUUUUGUUUAGAGGCUAGAUAAACGAUCCUGUUUUGUUCAUUCCCAGCUUAUAUUAGCAUCAAUUAGACCCAAAGAACAAACUUUGUAUGUCAGCAGGAUUAAAUCAUUGCUGUUAAAAACUGGAUUUUUUAUUUGACCAGCCUCUGAAGAGUCCAGAUGCUUAGUAGAUGUUCAAUAAAUACUUUAAAAUGGAA